ACCAUAAACUCCACCAACCCCCAAUUUCUUCACCUAACUUUUCUACAUAAUCCACUACAUCAGUCAACCCUCUGCCAAUCUCUGUCCUCUGAACAAUAACUCAACAAAAACUCCUACAAGCAACAGGGGAAGAAACAAAGAUUGAAAAAUGGCUCUGACAAGUUCUUCAUCUCUUACAUCUAAAUCCAUUUUCCACAACUCAAAUCAAUUCAAUUCGCCGAAACCUCAUCAACCCACUUUCUGUUUUCUCCCAAUUAGAGCUUCAUCGUCUUCCAAAUCACCAUCAACAACCACAACUACCCAGAAUCCGAACCCUAAAUGGUCAUUAGAAAGUUGGAAGGCAAAGAAAGCUCUUCAACAACCCGAAUACCCUAACAAAAAUGACUUGGAUUCGGUUCUUAAGACCCUUGAAUCUUUCCCACCAAUUGUAUUCGCGGGUGAAGCUCGGAGCCUUGAAGAAAGAAUUGCUCAAGCUGCUAUGGGUAAUGCUUUCUUGCUUCAAGGUGGAGAUUGUGCUGAGAGUUUUAAGGAGUUUAGUGCUAAUAAUAUUAGGGAUACUUUUAGGGUUCUUCUUCAGAUGAGUGUUGUUCUUAUGUUUGGUGGUCAAAUGCCUGUUGUUAAGGUGGGCAGAAUGGCCGGCCAAUUUGCAAAGCCAAGAUCAGAUGGGUUUGAGGAGAAGAAUGGAGUGAAAUUGCCAAGCUACAGGGGUGACAACAUUAAUGGUGAUGCAUUUGAAGAAAAGGCAAGAAUUCCAGAUCCUCAUAGGAUGAUAAGGGCAUACACGCAGUCUGUUGCAACUUUGAACCUUCUAAGGUCCUUUGCUACUGGAGGUUAUGCUGCCAUGCAAAGGGUCACACAUUGGAAUCUUGAUUUCACAGACCACAGUGAGCAAGGAGACAGGUAUCGUGAACUUGCUCAUCGGGUUGAUGAAGCUCUUGGCUUCAUGGCUGCUGCUGGACUUACAGUUGAUCACCCAAUCAUGACAACAACAGAAUUUUGGACAUCACAUGAGUGUUUGCUCUUGCCAUAUGAACAAGCUCUCACUAGAGAAGAUUCUACUUCUGGAUUGUACUAUGAUUGCUCUGCUCAUAUGAUUUGGGUAGGGGAACGUACACGGCAACUCGACUGUGCUCAUGUUGAAUUCUUGAGAGGAGUUGCUAAUCCUCUCGGCAUUAAGGUGAGUGAUAAGAUGGAUCCUAAUGAGCUUGUUAAGCUCAUCGAUAUUCUUAACCCUCAAAACAAGCCUGGAAGAAUUACUGUGAUUACCCGGAUGGGAGCUGAGAAUAUGAGGGUAAAACUUCCACAUCUUAUUAGAGCUGUUCGUCGUGCCGGUCAAAUUGUAACUUGGGUUAGUGACCCAAUGCAUGGGAACACUAUCAAGGCUCCUUCCGGUCUCAAAACCCGAUCCUUUGAUUCUAUCAGGGCGGAAGUUAGCGCAUUCUUUGACGUUCAUGAUCAAGAAGGAAGCUAUCCAGGCGGAGUCCACUUAGAGAUGACAGGACAAAAUGUGACGGAAUGUGUUGGGGGUGCACGGACAAUCACAUACGAUGAUUUGAGCUCUCGUUACCACACACAUUGUGAUCCAAGACUAAAUGCUUCUCAAUCCCUAGAAUUGGCCUUCAAUAUUGCCGAGCGACUUCGUAAAAGACGAUUAGGAGCGCGACAUAAUCUAGGCUACAAUCUUUAGAAAUUUUAGUAUCUCCCUUAAAUUUCCUGUGUCACGACUCAUGACUCGCCGAGUAUCCAUGAACAAUUCUGCCAUCUUUCGGGGGACAUAUCAGUGUUAAGCCGUGAUCAUAGAGGAAAUUUUUGAGUGUACUUGAUGUUUUUCAUGACUUUGUGUUGUUCUUGUCGAACAUAUACUGUUGUUGGAUCGUGUACGAUUUUGAAAAGUAUAAACUGUAUGAUUAUCAUUUUUGUUAAUUUAAUUAAGUUUCCUUUCCUA